AUGGCACGUCUCAUCGCCUAUGGCCCACGAUCAUACACAUUGGAGAGAGCUGCAUUCAACAAAAACAGUCCCUUUCACGGCCGUGUAGAUGGUGUUACCUUUGGAUUUAUUAGCAACACCGCAGUUGUCAUUUGUUUUCUUCUCGGAGGUGAUCCUGAGCUGAACAAGCAUGGCGUCGGAAAACUUACAGGAAUCAACUACGCAAGCGAGGCAGAAGCUUACAAAAAGCUUUUAAUCGAAAAUCAGGAUGCGCCAACCGUUCGAAAGCUCCUGCAAUACUGGAACAUGCAAGUUUUUCCACAAUUCCUCCUCGCUCCCGACUCACAGGACGAAGAAGAAGAAGCACCACGUGUCCAGGUUGACGCUGAUGAAAACCCAGGUCUCGAUUCCAUGUUCCGUGGACUGCGUAUGGGAGCCGACACUUCUUCAGCUCCCACUUCAAAAAAUUCUAGCUCAUUCCCACUCCCCCAGACCCUUCCAACCGAUGUAGAGUGCGUGAACGCCCACUCAGAUGUGGAACGGGCGCCGGAUUUGCAUCCAAACGUGGAAGUGCACACCCCUGCUCCUGUCGCGCCCAUCUCCCAAUCAAUCAAUCCACCCCGUGGACGUCGUUGA